AUGGAGCCCGCAGCUCACAGCCACCAGGAAGCACCUACCCCUUCCAGCAUGGAGAAAGCGGAAGACCUUGCCUUCGAGUUAAAUGUUGCUGUGAGGGACAUUAAUACAAAAGCUGUGCUGGAGCUCCUGGAGAAAGGGGCAGAUGUGAACUCCAAAGCAGAAAGUGGCUGGACACCACUGCAGAGCGCCGUCCAAGCUAACAGUGAGGACCUGGUCCGGCUUCUACUGGACAAGGGGGCUUGUCCGCAUGCCCGGAAGGACAACGGUGGCACUGCAUUUACUGAGGCAGGGAUCGCGGGAAACGUGAAUAUACUGACACUCCUCCUUGAUUACGGGUUAAGUGUUAACUACCAUGACGAUAACGGCUUCACAGCUUUCAUGGAGGCUGCAUGUUAUGGGAGGGAGGAAGCCUUGAAAUUCCUGUAUAGCAAAGGAGCAGAUGUGAAUUUGAGGAGGGCAGUCAGCGAGGAGAAUGUGAAACUGCAUAAAGGAGGUGCGACAGCACUGAUGGAUGCUUGUAGCAAGGGUUACUUCUCGGUUGUAAAAACUCUUGUCCAAGAGAUGGGGGCUGACGUGAACAUUUGUGACAACAAAGGCAGGAAUGCCUUGAUCCAUGCCCUCAAGGAGGGUUGUGCCAAGGACAGGUACGAGUCAGCAGUUGCCAUAGGCCGUUUCCUGCUGGACCACGGUGGCGACGUGAACAGCAAGGAUGAAUGUGGGAAAACUGCCCUCAUUCUAGCUGUUGAAAUGCAGAGCCCAGAUUUGGUGACAGCUUUGUUGGAGAAGGGUGAAAUAGAUAUUGAUGAUGCAGAUGAGGAAGGCAACACAGCACUGAUGGUGGCUGUAGAGAAAAAUGAUUGCAAUAUAGCAGAGUUGUUGUGUAAAAAAGGAGCAAGGACUGAUGUUGGGAACCUUAUCGCUGUUGCAAACAGGAACCGUGCUCAUAACAUGGCACGUCUUCUUCGCCAGUAUAAUGCCACCUUCAUUCCAGAAACCCUCAAAAACUGGGAACCAAACAGCAAACGCUGGAGGGACCAGCUGAAAAGUCUUUAUCAAAUAUAUCGCCCUAUGAUUGGCAAACUGAAGGUAUUUCAGUACAUCCAGCAGAGAAUUCGGUACACUUCCCAGGGUGGCAUCUACCUGGGGCUCUACGGUGGGACUGAGGUAGCAGUAAGAAUAAGCCGCAGUACGGAGGGUGACAAAGAGAAAAGGUUCUUUGAACAAUGUGGUAACUGUGAACAUCUACUGAAGCUCUUCCAGUUUGAGAAGGCAAGAGGUUACACAUACUUGUGCUUCGCCCUCUGGGAGAAAAACCUUGAAGAACAUCUGCAGGAACCAGAAGAUCAAAUGGAUUGCAAAGAUGCUCUGAGGAUGAUCUUCAAGGCAGUGAGAGAGCUGCACUCCCUCGGAUUUUCUCACCGGGAUCUGAAUCCCAGCAACUUUUUAAUAGAUUCAGGUGGCAAAAUUUACUUGGUGGACUUUGAUAAUAAAAGAGAGUUGAUUGAAGGCAAAAAAGAACUUGUGAGCUCAGAUUUAGAGGCCCUCAGCAGGCUCGUGCUGUACGUUUUAACAGGGGGUAGCAAACCCCUUCAGCAAGUCAGUACCGAGGAUCUGGCUGCCAAUUCACCAGAUUACUCGGAGGCUCUGGACCUUGUAAGCAGCCUGGUCUCUCAUGAUGAACGAGGCUUGGAGGGUUUGAGCAAACAUCCCUAUUUCUGGAGCAAACAGACCAGGUUCAAGUUCCUGAAGAGUAUAUGGAAUAAAAUCAAAGAUCUCCAAAACCGAAAAGCUGUCUUUCAAGCUCCUAAUGCUACUGAAAGUUUUCCUUACCCGUCAUGGACCAAGCAGAUUGACAAAGACGUUCUGAAUAUCAUGCAAAAGCCUCAGAACAGACCACCAUUCAAAUAUAGCGACGAUGUCGUCAACCUUUUGAGGCUCAUCAGAAACCUGGAUGAACAUCCAGAUAGCAGGAUCAGCAACAGAAUAGGAGACCAUGCUGAGUAUUUCUUGAAGCUUUUUCCAGCACUUACCAUUUAUGUCUACAACAGUGUACGUCAGAAUCCCAAAUACAGUCACUUUGCAGACGUUCAGGACCCCUCUCUGUAG